AUGGGGAACGGAAAAAGAAUUCGUGUGUAUCGUCGCCAAAUAAAUUGGCCAAAAUCGGUGAUUAAAGUCUCAAAAUCGUUGAAGAAAUGUGCAAAUAUUUUUCGUAAAAAGCAAAAAAAGAAGACCCAGAAGGAAUCUUCUAGAGCUACAAUAUCAUCUUCUGUGAUCAUUACCAUAUUGAAUUGGUUUAGGACGCACUGCAUAACGUUUUGUGCGUGCCUACAUAGAAAACAAGGAGAUGGAGCGGGGAGUUCAUGGGAAAUUUGGGACCAAGAGGCCUCAGUAUCCGGUAUUCAGUGCAAAAACGGAACAGAUGGCGAAAUAGAUUCCCUUCAGUAUCAGUUGCCACGAUCGUUUUCAGAUGACGAUUUCUUUCGGGAACCAACUCCGCCUCACCCAUUUGCAAAGAUUUUGGAACAGCGCCAAAGCCUAGACUACAUAGAGAGAAUGGACAUCCAAUAUGCAAUGAUACGAUCAAUGGACCCAGACCAAUCAGAAUCGCCAGACUUCAUGUUGGCUUUCCAACAAUCAUCAGAGGACUGA